UUCCCCUUCCCCUUCCCCGAAACCUCUUCCAAGUUGCUUUAUUUGCAGAGAGCCUGGCCACAAUUGACUUGGAUUUGCUGCUCUCUUCUGCCUGAACCUUCCUCAUGGCCUCUCUUUCUUCGAAAUCCCCACUCACCCAAUUUAUAUAUCCUCUCACCCCUCUAGCGUACCCAUCUCAUCUCUCCUCCCCACCGCCUCCUCCGAUCUCCCAGACCCUCUCUGCUUUCUUCGCAGUUCUUGAGUCUUUGCCAAUGGGGUCGUCGCCAGUGUCGCGCAACCCGACUUUGGCUCCAAGGUUCCACGACUUCUUGCCGGCCAUGGCCGAGAAGCUCGGCGGAGACGGCCUGAUCAGCGAGCUGUGCAAAGGGUUCAGCCUCUUGAUGGACGGGGAUAAGGGGGUCAUCACGUUCGACUCUCUCAAGAGGAACUCUGCUCUCCUGGGGAUGCACGGUCUGCGCGAUGACGAUCUGCGGUCCAUGCUGAGGGAAGGCGACUUCGACGGCGACGGGGAGCUGAAUCAGAUGGAGUUUUGCGUUCUGAUGUUCAGGCUGAGCCCUGAGCUCAUGGAGGACGCAGAGUCGUUCUUGGAAGAUGCUCUUGAGCAAGAACUCCAGGCCUUUAGAUGAUGAUCUCUAUCGCUCUUCUUCUUCUUCUUCUUCUUCUUCUUCUUUUUCCCCCCUUUCAUCCUUUUUUGAGGUGAAGAUUUAAGGGCUGAAAAUGGCUGCGCCGGGCGAGCUUUUACAAUAAAACCUACAGCUGCAGAGCUUGCACCCUUUCGUCAACGGUGGAUUCUUAUACUCUC